AUGAGGAGUAAUCAGUUUCGAUGUUCAAAUGGACAAUGCAUAAAUAAUAAUUUACUAUGCAAUGGGAAUAACGAUUGUUUGGAUGGUAGUGACGAAAGUUAUCAGAAUUGCAACUACAAUACGAACAAAUCUACAUCGAACUUAGUUUUAACAAAAUCUACAUCAACAACUCAAUCACCCCAAAAAGUACACCAAUACGGAUGUGCUCUUGGUGAUUUUUCCUGUCUUAGUGGUGAAUGCAUAAGUUUGAAUCAUACUUGUGAUGGAGCUUAUGACUGCAGUGAUGGUAGUGACGAGUCUCCUACAAUAUGCCCACAUGUUGGUGUUGUAGCUCUAUCUCACAAUAAUGCAGAAAAUACUACAAAUGAUGGAUUAAAAUAUAAAGAUGAUGGGCACGACAACUUGAUACCGUGUGAAGUGCCUCCUCAACCACCUAAUGGGCUGUGGAAGUUACACAAAUCUCUCUGUGACUCUAAUCAAGACUGUGAGGUACCUUACCAUACCAAAACUUUGAAACCUGGUUCCUAUCUUGUAUACAGAUGUAACAAUGGGUACAAUAUUCGAGGGAACCCAGAUGUGUUUUGUGGACCCGGUGGAAAAUGGAUUACAGAACCUACUUGUGAAGAAAUCAAAUGCAAAAUUUUGAGCGAAUCUGCAACGGAAGCCAUUUGUUUAUGGAACAAUCUGGCAGUAUCAUGCGAAAUCCCUGCGCCACUAAACACAAUAGCCAUUUUGAAAUGUCGAGAAGGAUUUGUUCAGGAAAUUACGUAUGGAGCCACUUUCAAAAACGUUACUUGCGAAUCUAAUGGAAUUUGGAGCCCAGAUCCAAUUAAGUGUGUUAAAAAACCCAAAAAAGUUAAACUUGUCCUGGAAGGAGACAUGAUUUUGCAGGACUAG